UGCCAGUUUUUCUGGUGGCAAUAAUCAGAAUUCUGCAACACUCACUGCUCAUAAGAAGCUCUGCUCUGGAUCUGAUACAGCUAAAGGUAAAGUUGGCAAAGGUAUUGGCAUAUCUACUACAUGGUUUGGUAAAUAUAAAGCUAGAAGGACAGCUAAGGCUAAGAAAGUAUAUACAAAAAUAAAAAGUGGACUAACUAAAACUGCUGUAACAUACUACAACAAUGGCCCAGACUGUGAACCUAACGAGUAUGCCUAUGUAUGGUCAAAUAUUAAAGAUACUGUCUAUCUUUGUAACCUGUACUACAAUAUUCAAACGUCUUGCAGUAAGACUAAGGAAAGCAAGGAAGGUACUCUGCUUCAUGAAUGGUCCCAUAGUUUUGCCGGUACUAAAGAUAUUGAGUAUGGUCGUACUGAUUGCAAGAAUUUGGCUAAAAAAAAGCCCAGUAAAGCAGUCAAAAAUGCUGAUAGUUACGCGUAUCACUAUUGUGAUGCUCAGUAA